AUGACCUCUACACGAGCUCAACGCGCAAAAAAUAUUAAUAAUUACGAAAACACAAAGGAUAUUACCAUCAAGACUUCGAAAUUUAAUAAAUUAAAGUACGUUGAAGCAACUUUUGAAGAUUUCGUCGUCGAUACCUUAAACAUUGAUUAUUCUCCUGGUAAAAUCAUUGCAUCACUUUCGGCGCAGUUGAAGAUCGUUUGA